AGUGGUUGAAAAAUGAGUUUUAAUGACUCCAACCUAAGUGUAUGUAAACUUCUGACUUCAACUGUAGCUAUGGACACCUAGUUUAUGGACACCUAGCUUAUGGACACCUAGCUCAUGGACACCUAGCUUAUGAGUAAACCAACAAAAUGUCAAUAAAGAUUCUUGUCUCUGUAAAUUGGGUUCAUCUCAUCACAAAACCGUACAAACCUAGUUUGUGGCACUUCUUUGAUUAGUUUAACAGGUUAUUCUUUAGUUUAACAGGUUGUGUGACAUGGAAAUUGUAUGAGAUUAAAAGCAUAUAGUAUAUAAAACUGGGUGACUUUCUCCCGGUCACAGCUGUUGCAUUUCACAUGAUGAUUUCUAAUGUACGCAGGUCAGGGAACACAGCGAAUGGCCAAGCGAAUGGCAAUGUCCCGAAAACACCAACUCCACAGCCCCUGGCAACACAGGCCUCACCCCCUCAGCCAAUGCCUACAUAUCCACCAUCUACCUCAGGACUCAGGUAUGGAGAAAACAACAAUUGGAACCAACCUCCUGCCACCCAGCCACCUCUGCCCCAGCAAGGACCAGGUGUUCCCAAACCUAUCCCUCCCAAGCAUUAACCCUAACCCUAACCGACCUCCUGCCACCCAGCCACCUCUGCCCCAGCAAGGACCAGGUGUUCCCAAACCUAUCCCUCCCAAGCAUUAACCCUAACCCUAACCAACCUCCU